CGGAUAGUAGUUUGCUCGGCGAAAGUUUUAUUAUUAUUAUUAUUUUAUUAUUAUCGUGGAAUACGAUUGAUCCGUUCGACGUUCACUGUUAUUACGCGGCGAGCGAAACGUAAUACGCGCCACGUGAGGUAAACAACUCGCGCGGAAACCAGUAUCGGCCCAAGUGAAACCAAAUUUUUCGACUGUUCGUGCGUACGUAUUUUUCUUUUUUCGUCAUCACCGUUCCCGUUCCCGUAACCAGCUUUGACGCGAUGUCUACCAACGAAGAGAAAGCGAUGGCCCUGAUGUCCGAAGCGGACAAGAAACUCAACUCGUCCAAGGGAUUCUUUUCGUCGUUGUUCGGAAAUGUUUCUAAGGUAGAAGAUGCAAUUGAUUGCUAUCAACGUGCUGCUAAUUUAUUUAAGAUGGCAAAAAAGUGGUCACAAGCUGGUAGAGCAUUUUGUAUGGCUGCUGAGCUUAAUUCUAAAUCAGGUCGUAAACAUGAUGCUGCUACAAAUUAUGUAGACUCUGCAAAUUGCUAUAAAAAAACAGAUCCGAAUGAAGCUGCAGUAUGUUUGGAAAAAGCAAUUGAUAUAUAUACAGAUAUGGGUCGUUUUACAAUGGCUGCCAAACAACAUCAAAAUAUAGCAGAAAUGUAUGAGACUGAAGCUGUUGAUCUAGAACGUGCCAUAAACAAUUACGAGAAGGCUGCUGAUUAUUUUAUGGCUGAAGAAAGCAAGAGUUCAGCAAACAAAUGCAAACUCAAAGUGGCACAGUAUGCAGCACAACUCGAAGACUAUAGUCGAGCUAUUCAGAUAUACGAAGAGGUUGCUGGGACAUCAUUGGACAGUUCCUUGUUGAAGUACAGUGCAAAAGAAUAUUACUUUCGAGCAGCAUUAUGUCAUUUAUGUGUUGAUGUACUUAAUGCUCAAUUGGCAAUGAAUCAAUACAUUGAACGGUAUCCAGCAUUUCAAGAUAGUAGAGAAUACAAAUUACUUCAGGUGUUGCUAAAUCAUAUUCAAGAACAAAAUGCUGAUGGAUUCACUGAAGCUGUUAAAGAUUACGAUUCAAUAUCACGAUUGGACCAGUGGUACACAACAAUAUUAUUGCGCAUUAAAAAGUUGGUGAAUGACACACCAGACUUACGUUAAUUUAGUUUAUGAAUAAGUACAUAUUUUUAAAUUUCCUAAUUUAUAAAUUUACUCUCAUAGAAAAGACGAAAAAAUGUAAGGUAAAUAUUUGUAUAUAUUUCCAUUCCUUAUGCAAACUAACUUGUUGAAAAAUAAGAUUUAAAUAUUAUGUAACAAUUUUUUUGCACAUUGUUGUUUUGUUAAAUGCUAUUCAUAUAUUGAAAAUCUUGUUAAAUGGGGACCUAGGUUUGAAAGUUAAGACAUUUUUCUGUGUUAGUAAAUUUGUUAUAAAAUGUUCUCAUCUAGUGUUUUAUAAUACAUAACACUUAGUUUAAAUACCUUUAUGUACAUUAUAUACUGAUAUCAUGGUGUUGCUUGUUAUUAUUGGUAUAGCUAUGUAUUAAUUAAAAGCGCUUUACGUCUGUUGGAUACAAUUUCCUGCAUAUGGACUAAGCACUUGAGAAACUACA